AUGCAUACAUUUUUCCUGGGUCCAACCGCCGUUGGCUACGACGCUCUCUGGGGCUCGCUGGUACGAAAUGGAACAGCAAAAGCCAUCGGCGCCGUGAAAGCCGCGGGCACUCUCCCGGACGGCAGCCCGCUUCGACUGGUGUACACGGCACUGCCUGGUAUUGACAAGCUGCUCAUAUCACCCGUCAUCUUCUACGACGCCCUCAUGCGCGAUCAGAACCCAACUUUUCGGUCUCUUCUUACAACAUCGUUCUGCAUGGUGGCCGCGGGUUGGAUCUUUGGAUUGCCGCGCUGGGGCACGAUUCUGGGACCGCUAUUCUGGGGUGUUGUAAAUCAAAGCUACGGUGCCGCGUUUAUAUAUCCCCUGUACCUCUUCGCGCAUACACAUCACGCUGCAACAGCCACCAGGAGCACCCACAUUGCUGCCAUGACGCCAGUGGAUGCGGAGGCGUUGUUGUACACUUCCAUCCUUGCGGGAUUGCUUCCAGUCUGGCUGCUCUGGCCCGCCUUCGUACCAUGCUCGACUGCAACGAGGCAGUUUCUCAUUGCAUCUUACCGUCUGAGCCCCAUCAUCAUGGGCCUCGCGCAACCGCUGUUUGCGAAGGCCAUUAAGAUGCUGAGUCGGAAACCACUGGAAAAGGGCACGACGCGCUCGCUCGUACAAGCCUCUCUAUAUACUUCGGGGUUGUUCUCGGCAGUAGGACACUGGUAUGCCAUCGCUUGUGCGGUAUCGUCACCUGCAGUCACUCUAUCGGGAAUAUUUUGGCCCAGGGCCACAGAUACUACGGGUGCCUCUUCCAAAGACAUCAUUGGUCUUGACUGCCACAAAUUCCUCCAAAACGACUUUUGGGUCAUCCUUGCCGGAUUUGUACCAUUUUCGUCGGCGCUUCUCUGCAAGGCGUCCAACAGCGCUGAUUCAACAGAUGGCGCUUCAAUUUUCACCCUUGUUAAGAAAUGUAUGCUUCGCACAAAGGGAGAUUUUCUGUAUCUGGGAGGUCUAGCUACUAUGUUUUCCCCAGGAACGCUGCUGGCGUGGUCCAUGGCUGCGACAGUCUGA